AUGCUGGCGUUGGGGAGUCCUACUACUAGUGUCCGCCCCAGCAUUAGUUGCAAUGCUUUACUCAGAGAACUUCAGCAAAUUUGGAGUGAUAUUGGCGAGAGCGAAGCCGAUAAAGAUCGUAUGUUGUUGGAACUGGAGAGAGAAUGCUUAGAAGUUUACCGAAGGAAAGUUGAUGAGGCUGCCAAUGCAAAGGCGCGUCUCCAUCAGUCUAUUGCAGCUAAGGAAGCCGAGCUUGCGACACUUAUGGCUGCUCUUGGGGAACUUAACAUUCAUUCACCGAUCCAGUCAGAGAAGAAAGGAACAGCAUUGAAAAAGCAACUUGCAUCAGUCGCCCCACUGGUGGAAGAUUUGAAACUGAAAAAAGAGGAACGAAUUAAGCAAUUUUCAGAUAUACAGGCACAAAUUGAAAAGAUUUCCGGUGAGAUAUCAGGAUGUGGUCAUUUUAUCAGUCCUGUCAGUUCUUUGAAUCUGGAAGAACAGGACUUGUCACUAAGAAAACUUACUGAAUACCAGUCACAUCUUCGUGCUCUGCAAAAGGAGAAGGUAUGCCUGCAGUCAAUGCUUUCUCAGCCAAUGUCUUCUGUUUGGAGGUCAAAUUUCAUUGACAGCACUCAUAUUGUGAAUAACUUGUAA